GGCAAAAUCCCUUCUUUUUCCUGUGAUCCCCGAGCUACGCGUGUGCAACUUUAUGCUCCUCCCUGUUGCUGCUGGGAAUGAAGCGCACAGUGAAGCGCUCGGCUGUCCGUGCGGUUGUCGGCGCCGAGUGGUCCGGUAUGCUGCAGGUCCAGCGGUGUCAGCUGUAAUGAAGCAAUGUGAUGUGUCGUACGGGACGGACCCCCUGACAUUCCGCACUUUCUCCUAUUCGUCCAUGCCGAAGAUGGUGGCUGGCGGCUAGUUCCAACUUCGGACUCCUUAUUUUUAUUUCCUCAUCGAAGCGCACUGAAUUGUGUUGAGAGACCUGGAUGUGGGGGCUCAGACCUGGUCUGUGGCUGUCUGUGAUGGGAACUGGGACUUGGGACAUCUGUACUGGAAUUAUCAAAGUUUGCGCUAGGGGUCCUGAGAUGACGGAAGUAGAGCCAGUGUUGGACUUCGCCUCCUCAGGGCGUUCAGGGAGAAGAAAUGCUCUGCCUGACAUCCUGGGCUCUCCGGCGGGCGUAAAUCCUGGCGACCUGCCUCUUAAACUGGCUGAGCUAUCCCUCAAAGAUGGUCCGGGAGGGGCCCAGUCACCCUCAGCGGAGGAGCCUCCGGCAGUGCCGGAGAGCUCAGAGGGCAACGAGGGAUCGUAGGGACUCGUUUAUUUACCUCCACGGAGACCAGCAAAGAUAACCUGGGAGACGGGAUGAGGAACAAGAUAGAGGAAGACCUGUGGGAGAAAAAGUGAUUAUCUGUGGACAGCCAGUCUGUUUGCAAAGCAGCUGAACCAUGGAGGGAGAGUGACGGACCGACUCCCCGAGGACUGGAGCCAGGAGCUUCGGACGGCUGGACACUCAGCAUUGUCUGAAAAGAGUGAAACGUCACUUAGUAAUGAACCAAUGAGUGAAUGCGUGUAUGUGUGUGUGGGUGUGUGUGUGCGUUUAUAGGUGAGUUAUACACUCGCUGCAGACACUACACUGAGAAUCAAAGGGACCAUGACAGAUUGUAUACUGUACACUACUAUUUUUGUAUGAUUUAUUUAACAUUAAAGAAAAACAGGAUGUCCUAACUGUAAUGUGUAUCAUCUCCUGCUGAUUUUUGUUUUAUAGUGAUGUGAGUUAUUUUACAUUGACAGUAGUAGAAGGGAUAGCAGCCUGUGGUGACUCGAUGCUCUGUAGCUUGACUCAAAUGGCACAUGUGAAAUCAAAAAGAAAUAAGACAUAAAAAAGCAGUAGCUUUAAGAAAACUGGGAAGUCCUUUUGUUGUCUCAUUCACUUGUGCUUUUACACUAAUUGUAUGUUUUCAAACCUGAGGCUGUUGUACAGUAUAUCUAUAUUGUACCGUAAAUGUACAGUUUUUACCCCUCAUUACCAGACUGUUUUGAUCCUAGCAAGAACAACCAGGGAUUUGAUCCUUUUUUUUUUUCUUUCUUGUUUUAGGCGUGCACAUGGUGCAAGGUGAUAACUUAAAAGAGACGUCCAUAUCUUGAGACAUUCCUGUGGAGAAUAGUGUCCCACUGCCAGCGGUGUACACACUGCUUCAUCAUAAUACUGAGAAAAGCUAAGAGAUUUCCUUUUGUUUUUUGCUCAAGGCUGCUUUUAAAAGUCUUUUCAUUUUCCAAAUCUCUGAAAAUGUGCCUAGUGGCAGUCCACAACCGAAAACCUGUGUUGUGUUCGUUCUCUGUGAAGUACUGUUAUCGACUACUUUGGGCUACUGAUCUUUCCUCAGAUUUAAAAGGAGGUAUCAUAACACCUCUUUACUGCUUGAACUGUAAAUCGAAUAUAAAAAGGAAAAAAAAACACUUUUGUAACAUUCUACAGACUUGCAUCUGCAGUUUCUACACUCCGUCAGGAAAAGAGUUCAGUUUUGCAUAAACUUCAGCAGGGCUUUUUGCAGCGUGAGGCUCCCCGCACAUGCUUCUUAUAGCCACGGCAGCAUAUGCCCGUGGACUUGGCCCGGGAGCAAGCAUCAAGCAACACCAUCACCACAAUGUGUUUCGAGUGCUCGGCAGAGAGAAGAGUCUGUUCACACUCAUCGACACAUACGCAGAGCUGCGAAUAGGAUACAAGAUGGAGAGCGAGAAACAGAGUCCACAUUUGUCAGCUAGCCAUUCACUGCUACUGUAUAUAUACUGUAUUGUAGUAUAACCCAUAUGUGUCAUACAUGCUGCUUGUAUGAUUAACAGACUUUAUUUACAUACUGUACCCACUAAGAAAUGAUGUUCUGUAUUUGUCUCUAUUUAAAAAUGUUGUGCCGGUGGCUGUGUCUUUAUGUGGAUGUUUCACAAAUGCUGCUGCCCAGGCUCUGUUUUUGAUGCUGUGCUACUUCUGCAUUAAUGCUGAUGAGAGAUGUGUUCCUGGUCGAUCAGAAGCUGUAUGAUCAACACUUUUUUGGGGGGCUGAUUAAUCAGAGGUGUAUUUUGUAGUGUCCUGAUCUCUAAGUGGUGCAUAUAUUUUUCUUAGCUGGAUUGAAUCCCAUAUGUUGAUUCUAUCUGGUGGUGACAAUUGCCAUUAAAUCUACAAGCUUUACUUAUA